AUGUCUCUGAUUCUGUUGGCGUUGCUAUGUGCAGUGAGAUUCAACACAAUCACUUGCUGCCAUGAGAGGGACCGACGUUCACUUUUAAGCUUCAAACAAGGCGUUGUUGAUCCCUCCAACCGCCUCUCUUCUUGGUCCACUCUCCCAGAUUGCUGCCAAUGGUAUGGAGUUGCGUGUGAUACCAACAACAGAGUCGUAGUUCUUGAUCUGUCGAACUACGAAGAUCUUGUUGGUCUAAUAAGCAACAAUCAUUCAGAAUCACUGAGAGGUGAAAUCAACUUGUCUUCUUUACUUGCUAUUGAAUCUCUCGGAUGGUUGGGUUUGGGCGGCAAUGACUUUGAACGCAUAAGCAUGGCGCCUAUCAAUAAUUCUGUUGCAACUCAUACCCAUUUGCUACCCAAUUCUUCUGAGCUUUCUUAUCUGAGUUUAUCAUACAAUAUUCAUCUCCACGCUGAUAAUCUUCAUUAUUGGCUCUCUCGGCUUCCGUCCCUGACGUUUCUCGGCCUCAGUGGCAUUCAUCUUCCUAGUGAAACCAAUUGGGUUCAAUCAUUGGCCUCGCUGCGUCUGGAGAGUUUAUAUUUGGCUGAUUGUAAUUUGACCACCUCUAUUCUGUCUUUCCAGCAUGCCAAUUUUAGCACGCUUUCAUAUCUUGAUCUUAGUCUGAAUGAUUUUACAUUUGGAUUACCUAAUUGGUUGUUCAAUCUUAGCAAAGAUCAUUUCGAAGAAUUUGAUCUCAGUCAAUGCAAUUUGAGAGGUCAAAUUCCAGAUCUUUCAGGCUAUCGAAAUCUGUGGCGGUUAGAUCUAUCUAACAACAAACUCAAGGGGUCAAUACCUGAGUGGCUUGGCCAGCUUGAUAGCCUAACUAUCCUUGAUCUAUCUAAUAACUCGUUUCACAGUUCCAUUCCUUCUAAUCUUCUAAACACAUCAGCUUCAUUAGAAUAUUUAGAUGCUAGCUUUAACGACUUGAAUGGUCCGCUCCCAAACAUUCUUGGCCAAAAUAAGUCUGCCACCUCAAAUAGAGUGGAAUCGUUAGAAAAUUGGCAGACAGUAUUUGGACCUAUCAAAUAA